ACCGCACGUUCUCAUUGGCUGGUCUGAACCCGGAAGGAACAUGGCGGUCUCGCCUGAGCAGCAAGUUUCGAUCACUCAUUUUGUUAGAGAGAUUGAGAAAAAUGACGGCUCUGUUCUGAAGGUAUAUCAGUACAGCACAGGUGACGUAGGCUGCGUGGUUUGGGAUGCGGCUAUUGUGCUAUCAAAAUACCUCGAAACAGAGCAGUUUUGUAAUUCCCGGUCCGGUGUCAGUACAUGGUCCUCUAAACACAUGAUCGAGCUUGGCGCGGGGACAGGAGUGGUGGGUAUCAUGGCCGCCUCGCUGGGAGCCAAUGUCACAGUGACAGAUCUGGAGGAUCUCCAACCUCUCCUUGAACUAAACAUCCGGGAAAACCGAGAGCUUCUCAGUACAGGCUCAAUCACAGCCAAGGUACUGAAAUGGGGUGAGAAUGUGACAGAUUUUUUGCCACAUCCAGACUACAUUCUAUUGGCUGACUGCAUCUAUUAUGAACAGUCUGUGGUGCCGCUGGUGGAGACACUGAAGCUCCUGGCUGGACCUGAGACCUGCGUCAUCUGCUGUUAUGAGCAGCGCACUAUGGGAGUUAAUCCUGAAGUGGAGAAGAGAUUUUUUGAGUUGCUGUUGCAAGACUUUGAGGCUGAGGAGGUGCCGGCUGAAAAACAAGACCCUGAGUUUAAUAGUCCCGACAUUCACAUUCUCCAUCUACGACGCAGGCACGGCUGAAUGGAUUUCAACGUGUAUAUGCAUAGUGUGCAAAAGGUGUAUCCAGACCUUCCAACGUUUAUGUAUUUUGUUCCACAGUUUAACAUCACUGCUAUGAGUUAUUACUCAAAAACACCCCAAAAUUAUUUCCCCAAUAAAAAUGGCAGAUACAUCAGUCAACAUAUGAACCUGGAAGGAUUCACAGUUGUAUGUGUUUUAAACUUUCCUAUGCUAACUGACCCCCGGAAGCCCUGGCUGUCUUAACUCGAUUUUCCCGUUUGAAAUAUGAGGCAGAGAGGUAAAUGGAAACUGUUUUGAGUUCACUGAUGCGAAAUGAAAUCUAUCAAAGUAUGUUUGACUUAGCUAACAUUAGCCAAAUAUAUAGUUAACAUGACUAAAUUAUGUUUAUUAGGAAAAUGAAAAUAUUUGUCAUAAAGAGAAAAAAGUCUGAAAACUAACUGAAAAUUUAGGCCUACACUGAAGUGUCAAAUCCAACACUUUACAAAUAAUAUUAACAGUAAUGAUAAUUACGCAUUAUUCCUCUCUGGCGUUGGAAGAUCUGUGUAUGUGUUAUUUUGGGGCAGGUGGGGUGUAAAUCAUAUGAUUAUGAAGGUGUGUUUGCAUUUUUGUGCAGCUGCUUUAAUGGUUUCAUCUAGUUGAGACUAAACACUUGAUGUUAUAUCGUCUAAAAUAGUAUUUAAGGUAUACAAGCUUGUUUGAUCCUACUGGAUUGUAAAUAAAACAUAUUUUCAGGCUCUGUGUAUUUAUGCUAUUCUUUGAGUCUCUGUCUUCAGACCCUGUCUCCUGACUCUGUUUAGACAGAUGGUAUGUUUUUUUUCCCUCAUCACUGUAUCCAAUCCAGUCUUUUUCCUUGAAGUCAUUAAAAUAUUUUCCAUCCCUC